CUGGCAACGGGCACACGCGGGUCCUCCUCCCGGGGACAUCUCACUCCGGUAUCCGUUCUUCUCUGCUUCUGUCCCCGAAGGCUGGCUAGCAAACCCACGUCGCGUCUGGCCUGGCAGACAGUGAGCUGCCUUUUAGCCGUAAACGGCGUUUUUCCAGCGCAACAAAAGCGGAUUAUUCACGAUGUUUUCGGCAUGGUGUAAAACCCGCGGAGAAAUAUUGGUUUUUACCCCAUUAUACUGGAGGACCGCCCGUGCUUCGUAAAAAUGCAAAAAGGAUACAAUGCAGCAUGCAUGUUCUGCAUUCUUCGGGAGCACCACGCCAUCGGUGUGAAUGACUUGUGGCUGUAGGUUGUCGCGAGUAGGCCAGGUUCCUGCACAGCCUCUGUGGCUGACUGGGAGGAGUCAAGUGGAGAGCAGACAUCAGUGCCCAGGGGACCUCAGGCUUGGUUCUCCAUAUGAGGCCCUGCUGAAAGGGCAGGGGGGCUUCUGAGUGUGCCCAAGGGCCAUAGAAAGCCCCCUUGGGGGAAUUUCACAAAAACAUAAAUAACAAGAAAACCUUCUGGACGACUGUUUUUGCUUUUACACACUCACACACACACUCACACACACACACACACCACACACACGCACACACCCCCACCCUCACUGACAAGGACAUAGAGAGAAUGUUGGAGGUCCAAGAGGAGAGACCAGCGGCGGCAGGUACAGCAGCGACACAUUUCAGCAAGAAGGAGCGAGGGAAGAAGGAGAGAGAGGAGGCCAAGGACGGACGGGGGAACUUGUCCAACAUCGGGAAUCCUGUUCCUGGCUCCAGGAACGUGCGUGCAAAAGCGCCACUCACACACACAGGCAGCCCUCACCAGCUUAUCACUCCACCCUGUUCUGUAGUCCUGGGAGCCCCAUCAAUGCACUCCAAUAGGUUAAAGAACUCCCCGUCCACCAACACACAGAGCCCUAAACCUAAGACGGAGGCCAUGGUACGAUCACCUCCUGUCAUGUCCCCCUCCACUGCCGCCCAGAUGGACUCUAAAAUGCCCAAUCAGGGUAAACCAGGGAGCACAGGCAGCCAAUCACAGUCCUCCCCCUGUGACCCCAAAACCCUGGGUGCCAAAGGGUCUCAAAAUGUUGCAGGAGGCAUGGGGCUUAAGAACGGCCAGGGCCUGACGUCUGGCCAAAGCUCUAAGGUGAAAGUCAAAAGGGAGAGAAGUACCUCUGUGGAAUCAUUCGAGCAGCCAGAGAGUGGCACACCAACCAGUGAGGAAAAAGAUAGUAGCAGGGUGAAGAGGAUGUGUGUGGCAGAGAGGAGGCAGCCAUACAGUGGAGCUGACUGGUGCUCUGGGGGAGAAAGUGAUGAAGAUGACAAAGGAUUCUUCAACUGUAACUCCACUGAUGUGAAGCCCCAAGACUCAGUCACACAUUCUACCUCCAAUGCUGGACUCAGUCGCUCCUCCACACCCUCCCAUAAUACACUGGGAGGCCAAGGCUCCACAACAGAACCUGCUAGUGGCCAGAAACCAGGCUCAAAACUCGUUUAUGUCUUCACAACGGAGAUGGCAAACAAGGCAGCUGAUGCAGUUCUAACUGGCCAUACAGAAAACAUCAUUGCUUUCCACAUGAAAAACAUCUCCAACAGCAAGGAUAAAGCUCAUCUCCUCUUGAACAAUGCAUCAGGCGUCCUGCGAAAUGACUCCAAGCCUCCACAGCAGCCUCCGUCCCAUGCCCAAGAUCAAAGCCACCAGCCUGGAUCCAAGCCGUCCUUACCUGGAAUGGCAGAGCCAACACCACCUCAGCCUUCAAAUCAGUCGGGUGUUCUUCCGCAGGAAGGAUCAUCCUCAACAGGCAUGGAAUCCAAAAAUAUUCCGGGCAGUAGCCCCAGUAACACUACAGCCCCAGUUGACCAGGCUUCCAUCACCCAGCCUGAGGCAGGCCUCAACCCUCCAACAUCAGUUGAAGGAGGGCAGGGUGGAGGCUCUGGUGGUACGGGUCUGACACCUCAACAGCAGCAGCAACAGCAGCAGCUGGCGCAGGAGCUGUUAAACAUGGAGGCUAACACAGAGGGUCUUUCCCAAGAACAGCUUGAACAUCGCCAGCGCUCCCUGCAGACCUUACGAGAUAUUCAGCGCAUGCUCUUCCCAGAUGAUCGUGAUGCCCCACCCCCUGGGCCUCCACAGUCUCAUGGUGGACCCCAUGAUGGCGGCCCAGAUGGUGCCCCCCGGAGACCAGAGCAGGGCCCCUUACAAGCUAUGAUAGCACAGUCACAGAACCUUGGUCCGCCAGGUGGACCUGGAGGACCUCGUCCACAAGGCCCACCUUUUGGGCCUCCCCAUGGUCCCAGGGACAUGCCCCCAUUUCCCCAGGAUGAAAUGGGGCCACACAUGGGGGGUCCAGGCAGCUGUGGAGAAGGAGAUCAGAUGACCCCAGAACAGGUGGCAUGGUUAAAGUUACAGCAGGAGUUUUAUGAGGAGAAGAGGAAGAAACAAGAAAUGCAGCACCGGCCGCUUCCUCCAGACAUGAUGAUGCACCCCCAUGGUCCACGUGGCAUGAUGCGAGGGCCCCCACCUCCCUAUCAAAUGGGCCCAGGAGAGAUGUGGGGAGGACCAGGUGGUCCACCAGAGCAUUAUCCAGAGCGGAUGGGCAUGGGCCCUGGCCCGAGGGGCAUACCUCCACAUAUGCAGAGGGUGCCUGGCUUCUCAGGUAUGAUGAAUCCUGAGAUGGAGGGUCCACCAAGGCCUGGAAUGGGCUGGCCUGAUGAAAUGCCUCCCCGGAUGGGAGAAGCACGAGGUUUCCCUGGAGGACCUGGAGGAAUGUUUACUGGUCCGGGGGCUCGUGGUGAGCGUUUUCCAAACCCUCAGUCAGUUCAAGAAGCAAUGUUCCACCAAGGAAUGGGGGGAGAGAAGGGUCUCCCUCCUGGUAUGAUGAUGGAUGUCCAAAGGAUGAUGGGGCACCAAAGAGGAGGAAUGGAACCUGGUAAUGGCAUGGGUAUGUUUCCCAGAAUGCCUGGUGAUGGCCCUAUGAGUCCAUCCUCAAGACUCCAAGGAAUGGGGGGCAGGGACAUGGGGCCCGAGUUUGGCAUGGGGCCAGGCCCUGGGCCAGGACCUCAUAUGCACCCUUCCAAAUUACGAGAUCCUCCCAUGAAUUUGAGUCCUGAUGAAAUAAUGAGAAUGAGAGGUGGUGGAGGACCUCCAAUGGAGAACAUGGGUCCACAAGGCAGGCCUAUGCAGGUCCCCCCCUUCCCUGAUCAGACACCAUCAGGAGACUUUCCAAUGGGGCCUGGGCGGGCCUUCCCAGGCGGUCCUGGAGGAAUGAGGGGUCCACAUGCAGACCAAGCAUUUGGUCCAGAACACAGAUCUACACCAACAGGAGGUAAUGGCCGUAUUAAUCACCUCCCUUCGGCUGGUGGUCCUGCACAAGGUCAGAGAGGCCGUAAGCCAGCAGAACUGAAUGUCCAAGCAGGAGGGGGGAACUCUCCCAGUGUUAACCCAUUAAAAUCCCCUCCUUUGAGGCAAGUGCAGUCCCCCAUGAUGGGCUCUCCCUCUGGAAACCUUAAAUCUCCUCAAACACCGUCCCAGCUGGCUGGCAUGCUCACUGGUCCUACAGGCUCCAAUGCUCCUCCAGCUUCUGCACCAAUGAAGUCUCCUCACUCCAUGAUGGGAUCAGCAGGUGCCUCUCCUGUACAUUUGAGGUCCCCCUCUCUUCCAAAUCCCUCUCCAGGAUGGGUUUCCUCACCAAAACCACCCAUGCAGAGUCCUGGAGUGCCUCCUCAGGGUGGCAAACCUCCACUCAGCAUCACUUCACCAAACAUGAUGGGGAGCAUGGAGCCGGGUGGGAAUGGUCCUCCCUCAGCACCUCCAUCAUCAGGGGCUCCAUCAGGCUCAAUGUCCCUCCCUGGAAAUGUUCCCUCUGGCAGUCCAUACACCAUACCCCCAGAACCAACACUAUCCCAGAACCCUCUCUCCAUCAUGAUGUCACGCAUGUCCAAGUUUGCAAUGCCCAGCUCCACCCCGCUUUACCACGAUGCCAUAAAAACUGUUGCAAGCUCGGACGAUGACUCACCCCCAGCUCGCUCACCCAACCUUCCUUCAGUGAACAAUAACGGUAUGACUAUGAAUCACCAAGGAAAUCCACGCAUGAUGGGACCUGGAAACACUGGACCCAUGCCUGCUCUCAGCCCUCUGGGUAUGAAUCCAGUGGGAUCACAGCCUCUUUCCCAUGGCAUGCCUCAACAGAUGCCCUCUCCCAAUGCUCCUAAUAUGGGUCCAGGCUUGAUGACUCAUGGUAUGAUGAUGCCACCAAAUCCCCAAGACCCUGGUAUGGCAAACCCUCAAAUGAUGCCCCAGGGACGUAUGGGUUACUCUCAUCGAGGCCAGGGAUACCCCCUCACCCAGUCCCCUUCCCAGCAAGGCCCUUUCUCCCCACACAACGGUCCUGGUCCCCAAGGUUUUCCUGGCCAUCCUAUGGGCUUUCAGGGAGAGGGAGGACCCAUGGGAGGACGGAUGGGUAACAUGCCUCAUGGGGGAGGGGGUGAUGGUGGCAUGUGCAAGCCCAAUACUCCUGGCGGGCCAGAGUUCAACAACAUGCAAGGUGGAUUCAGUGAUGCGGACCUUCAUGAGGUAAUGCGACCGGGAGCUUCUGGCAUUCCUGAGUUUGACCUGUCCAGGAUAAUCCCAUCAGAGAAGCCCAGCCAGACUCUGUCAUAUUUUCCCCGAGGUGGAGGAGACAACCCGGGGGGAAAACCACCACACCCCUCUGGCUUUCCCAUGCAAGGGAUGAUGGGUGAUGGUCCUCCAAGGAUGGGAAUGCCCAUGCAAGGGAUGGGGGGAAUGUCGGGGGGGCCUGGUGGGGGAAUGGGCCCCCAAGAUAUACCGAUGGGUAACCCAGGCCACAAUGUGAUGCGGCCACCAGGAUUCAUGGGCCAGGGUAUGAUGGGUCCCCAGCAUCGGAUGAUGUCUCCUGGGGGCCCAGGAGGGAUGAUGCAGGGGAGACAAAUGGCUCAUCCAGGCCCUGGCGGCUCACCUAACAUGAUGAUGUCACUGCAGGGCAUGGGCGGCCCCCCACAGCAGACAAUGAUGAUGGGGGGCCAAAUGAGGCCACGUGACAUGGACAUGGGGUUCAGUCCGGGCCCUGGAAUGUUCUAAUCCAACAGAAACCUUGUAACUAGAAUGUUCUCUGACAAUUCACAAGGAUGGAAUAAAGAUCAUGGAGUGCAGCAAGUAUUCAGAAAACUGAUGGACUCUAGUAAAUGAGGUAUAAUAUGAGGGUGUGCCCAGAAAAUGAACAGACUGGGGCUUACCUAGCAAUGUCUUGUGGAAGCUGUUCCAAUGGAGACUCAGACAAGCCCAGACUGGAGUACUUCUGCCACAUGAACAUUUAAUUUUGACUCAUGAACUGCAGAAUGUAUGGGAUUGUUGUGUAUCAAUUUCGCAGAACUUUCAUGUGUUUUUUGAUUAUCUGACUAUAAAGAUGACUUUGACAUCAAAGAGGAAUCAACUGAACUAAAAGUCAGCACGGAGAUGCUACAGUAUAUGUCUACUUUUUUCAAAUUUAAAAAUCAAAUUUGUCAUGAAAGUGGUAUGGAACAUGAGAAAGAAGGAAGAAUAAUUUGUGCUUUGUGAAGACAUUAGUGGAAAUCCAUCUUGUCUCUCGCUCCAUUGUUUUGACUGUUUCUGUACAGUAUAUACGUGAGAGUGUGUGUGCUUGACAGAUUGUAUGUUUGUGUGGUAUGUAUGUAUGUGUCUGUAUGUAUAGGCAUUCUAUCAGUGACCUCUCAACUCCUCUUACCCUGCUUUCAUUGGGGGAGGAAUGCCCCCUAAAAAUACUGUACUGUUUACCAUUGGUGGGCUAUUCAAAUUUUAGUCUAUUUUAAUUUCCUUUGUAACUCCAGUGUAUAACAAACCAAACUAUGACCUCAUUAAGAUAAUAGUAUUAUUAAAAAAGCACAAACAUGGACCAUCUGCAGAAAGCGUCUUCUUUCUGUUUUUAUUUUAUUUCUUUUUCCAUUUAACGCAACACAUUCUGUGUGAGGAUCCUGGCAGCUUUGCAGCACCACAAUCAUCUCCAGUCCGUUUCAACUUGUGGAUGACGUUCAACUUUGUGCUCCAAAACUUUCAGGACUCGACUUUUCGCCAGCGUGAACAAUAUUGCUAAUACCCAGGUGUGCUAUGUGUGUUCUUCUUGUUCCUGUUGUGUUUGUUUUGUUUUGACUCUUGUUGACUCUGGGUAAUCAUUCCCACAGCAAUAAUCCCCCUCGAUGGUCGGCAGAAUGGGACAGGAUGGCUGAAUUCAAGAGCAGGUUUGCCAGGUGUUAUAGAACUAGAACUAGGUAGAUCUGGUAACAUUUAGUAAGGCAGGUGUGGUGUCCAGAGUGAGAGACACAGAAAUGUAAACACGUACUGCUUACCAUCCAGUUGACUUCCUCUUUUCUCUAUUGUAUAAGCUUGUCAUGUGUUUCUCCAUUGGCUUUGGUGCAGAAUAGCCUACCAGGGCUGUGGUGAUGGACUACAAAUAAAAGAUAUUGUUUUGGUA